AUGUCGCUUUCGCGCCCAUUGCUCGUCUGCAUUCUGGUGCUGGCCCUAGGACCGCAGUUUGCAUUGGCCAUUUUCGAUUUCGUCACCUAUUCGCCUGCGCUGCAAUGCGCACCCUUUUCUGUCGAGUUUUCCGGCGGUACCUUUCCUUCCGCUCUUCCUUUGAAACUCACCGUCGUUCCUUUUCACUCCAACUUCACCCCAUUUUCUUUUGACAUCCCCGACUCCGCAUGGAAUGAAACCACCGACACAGGUCUUGUAACCACAUUUCUUCCUAUCAAGGAAGGAACGGACUUCGUCGUCUCCCUCGACGAUGCGAAUGGUGUCCCCACUGGUCCCAUCUCUCAGGUGAUCAGGGUAGAGGAUUUCAACGAUUCGGCCUGCUUGGAAUUCGAGCAGGUCUCGAAGACGAAGCCAUUUGCACUUGCCAGUGAACUCUCUCAGUGCGAGCAGUUCAAUGUCACCUUCAAUACAUCCGAAGUGGACGCGGCGCCGACGAUACGGGCAUUCAUCCCUGGAGAUACCUCCUUCCUUGUCAACUCAACCUCAUCUGAUACUGCGCGGGGUGUUGCUUCAUAUGUCAUGGACGCGCUUCACGGUAAAGAGGUCGUGUUGAUGCUGAACGGCAGCGGACAUAGCGAAGCCACCGAUCUUUUUAUCGUUGGUGGGAGCGCGGCGAGCAAUGCCACCUGUCUACCCACCUCCUCCACGGCUACAAACGUCACUUCUUCUACUACAUUUACCGUUACCUCCUCUGUGCUUGCUACGUCACGCGCGAGCGCGAGCUCGACUGCCGCUUCAUGGUCAAUGACAGGUCAUUCUACUACAUUGUCGCAGGGUGCUAUCAUAGCCGUUGCGGCUGCGUCAGCCACAAUCGUGCUCGUAAUUCUGCUGGCCAUGGUUGUGUGGCUGUACUGUUCGCGACGCAGAAGGUACGCAAGUGCUGCGGCUAACGUGGAACAAUGCAUUGUGGGAGCCUCGCGAUCCGAGGACGAGAAGCGGCCCAUCCCCCCGCCAAUCAUCGUGCCUUCAAAGGCUGAGUCUUGGGACAUCCAUAUGGAAACGGUUCCGACCCCGAAGAGCACUGAUGCCAGGGUCAGUGCGAGUUACGGCAAGAACCCCCUUUAUACAAAUUCGAAGUUCUGGCUGCCGUCCCUGACUCCGCCCGAAUUAAAUCGAGCCCAUUCGACUAGGUCGCUAUCGAGAGCACCGAGCAGGAGCGACUAUGGUCGGGCCAGUCGCGCAUCGAUGUCUAUGCUCAGCACCUCCACCGCUUCACGUUCGUUGCAAAUUGCCGACGCGUCCGGUGCCAGCCGCAGAGUACCGCUGGCCAUCGCGUCUGCACAGAGCGUGCGCAGUAUGGCGGGCUCACAGAGAUUGCCGACCUCGCCCACGACGACCAUCUCCACCGUCGACAUGGAGUACUUCAGGGACAUUGCAGAGCGGUACGGUGGGGGCAUCAGUACUGACGCUAUUCCGCUACCACCGCAACCAGCGUGGAUAACAAAGGAUACGAUCCGAACGAGCGCAUACCUCGCUGGGCUGGAGUCCACACACAUUCUGUAUGCACCCAGCUCCCCCAGCGCGCCUGUGCGCAUGCGUCCAUCGAGUCUAGAACCGGCCCCUCUCGCAUCGUCAGCCCACUCUUUAAAGUCCGCUUCAGAGCGCGAUCAGCAGCCGAAUUCGCAGGUGUACCGCGAGCCACCUCAAGCCCUUGUUCCGUCGUCACCCGUGGCGACCUCUCUAUCUUCAAGCUACGACACGAUUUGA